AUGGCUAGCACUGUUGUCGCCACGCCUCCUCCCCGGAACGACUCGCCAAGUAACAAGACAUCAAAGAAGAGGGAGAGCGACGCAACCCCAGAAGGCAAGCCCAAGAGGACGCGUACAGGAUGCCUGACGUGCAGGGAAAGGCACCUGAAGUGCGACGAGAACAAGCCCUGCUGCAACAACUGUGCAAAGUCUCAGCGCGACUGCAAUUGGGGCAAGAAGCUCAACUUCCUAGACACAACCUGCGAAAAGAACGCCUACCUCAUCCCCAAAGGCGCUGAAUAUCAGGUCGCAUUCCAAGAUGAGUCGAGGAUAAUCGCGGCCGAGUACGUGGGUGGGCGAGAGAUGUAUCCCGCAGAAGAGGCCGAUACAUAUAUACCAAUGGCCGCUAAUGGCUUCGCCAUGGGUCCACCUGGAGGCCUCGCUCAUCCGCCAGGUGCUCACCAGCUGCUUCCACCAAUACAGGGUGUGGCUCAGGAGUCUUUCCAACAGGCGCAGCACUACAACUACGAUCACCAGCAUGUUCCCCAGCAGCAUCAUGCAAGAGCCCUUUCGAACUUCUCGAACUCGAACCGAUCGCCAUAUGACAUGGAUCACGGCGCGAGCCCUGUACCGGUCCCGGCGCGUGACUACCUCAAAUCUCAAGAGGAGGUGCUAUACAUGCAGGUGUUUGUCGAAGAGAUAGGGAUAUGGAUGGACAGCAUGGAUGCGCACAAGCACUUCUCUCGGCUCUUGCCAUUCCACGCAUUGAAUGAGCCUAUGCUGCUCAACGCGUUUCUCGCUUGCGGCGCUCGUCAUCUAGCCCUUGUGAACCCUAAGUAUAGCGAGGAGAAGGCCUUGCACUACUACGAUGUCGCGACACGAGAUCUCCUUCACUCUCUACAGGAUCCAGACCGUGACACUGUUCUUUGUGCAACCACAGCGGUCAUCUUGAACGUUUACGAGAUCAUGGGCGAACGAGCAUUGCAGCGGAUGAACCAUAUUGCCGGUGCUCGAGCCUUGAUCAAGGAAUGCCGGUGGAACGCACGCGCGAUCGGCGUCGGUGCGGCCUGCUUUUGGCUGAACGUUGGAAUGGAGAUUCUCAGUUGCCUUCACUUCAAUUGGCAAGUGGCUUGGGAUCCUGAUGAAUGGGGCAUCGAACUAGACUUUUCGCCAGAGACCGAAUCCGGGAAAGAGGAGAGCUGGACGCACAAAAUCCUGUAUAUUGUUGCAAAGAUCUGCAAUUACCGUGCGUCGAUACCCCGGAAUCCCGAUAUUUCAAGACAGACGCUCCAAGAUCGCCAUAACGAAUGGCUGCGCCUGAAAGACAUGGCAGACAGGUGGAACGAAGGCAUCCCUCGCACUAUGCAUCCUAUGGCAUACCUUUACCCUGGUCAAACCAUUUCUGGCUCCGCAUUCCCGGAAGUUUGGUUGAUCAAGCGAACAUCCAUCGUUGCCAGGUUGUUCUACCACACGUGUCUGGUCUUGCUUGCCCAGAUCAAUCCCAUCCAAGGAUCCAAUGAGCCAGAAAUGUGGAGCAUGAUCGAACAGAACUCCAAGUUCAUCUGCGGUAUCAGCGCCCACGUGAAGGAUCGAGGUGUGGCUAGCGUAGCUCUACGCUCUCUUGCGAUUGCGGGCGAAUGUCUUACCGAUCGGCGAGAACAGGAAGAAAUACUCCAGAUCUUCGAUAAGAUACGUCAGGAGACAGGCUGGCGGAUUGGUUUCGUGAACACAGAGCUGAAAGCGAAGUGGGGAUGGGAUGUACAGGACCAACAGCAAGCCAAUGGCCACGCUCAGGACGCUGCAGCCUUCCAGCAACAGCAAGCACAUCAAGCUCAGGUUGUAGUGCAGCAGCAAAUGCAGCCUCUACCGACACAGCCCCCUAUUAUUCGACCAAGGCCCCCACCAGGUUUUGGCAACCCACUUCUUGUGGCAGACUUUAACAUGCCACAGCAUCCUUAUCAGAGCCAUUACGUGCCGGCGAACUUCAUUCAGCAGCAACAGCCGGCGACACUUCUCCAGCCACCUAUUGCUGUUGCAAACGGCUUUGGCGGACAUCAAUUCUACUAA